AUGGUACUACCCGGAUCCCUCAUUCCAGAUUCUAACAAACGUCAGAGAGAGCAGUCAGCCCCGGCCAGGCCACCCCCUGGAAGUGCCAGCGAAAGACUAGCUCGGCUUCUACAACGCGAAGCGGAAGCCUCGCAUCGUAGAAUUGCAGGCUUAGAAGAAAGGCCGAAUCGAGACAACCCUGCGAAUGCCCCAACCCGCAAUGACAGGGAUAGUCCUGAUGAGCAUGAGCAGCAACAAGAUAUUUACAACCACUUACAACUGACAGAUGAAGUUAAUAACAUUACUCCGGUGAACGAUGCAACUGAAAUUCACCCACCCGGUCUGCGAUCUGCAUACUUCAAGAGCGUAACUUAUCAAGAACGUACUCUUAUCAAGGAAGCGAACUGGAAGAAGAUAGUUCCAGAUCUAUUUGUUUCUUUCAUGAGGUGUUCCCUCAAGACUCGUCAAUGGGGGGAUGAAGCAACAUGGAACAACGACUUCAAUAUAGCAUGUGCAUGCCCGAGUUGGAAGAAGAGUGUAGUCGAGGUCGAUGUGAUUGAUCUGACUA